AUGGUGGCCUGGUCGCUGGAACUGCGUGGGAGGGGUAGAGAUCUGGUGGCGGAAGCGCGCGGAGAGAGAGAGAGAGAUGGCGGCGGACAGGUGGGAGCUGAUGGGAUUAGUAGAGGUGCAAUUGGAAUUGUUCCCGAGGAUCUCACUGAGGAGAACUAUGAGGCAUGGAAAGGAUGCUUGAAACAUUAUUUGGUCGGGCAUGGCCUUUGGGGUGUUGUUUCUGGUAAGGAGCAGGAUCCUAUAAAAGAUGAGAGUCAAGAUUACGGAGAAGAUAAGAAACAGGAACACGAGGAAUGGCAGAUGAAGAAUGCAUUGGCCUUACAUGCCAUCCAACUUUCAUGCGGACCACGCACAUAUGUUAAAUUAAAAGCUCACAAUUUUGCCCAAGUUGCAUGGAAGCAGUUGGAUGAAAAACUAAAGCCCGACAAUCUUGAAGUUGAUAAUGAAGGACCGAAAGAGCACCUUCAUUAUGAGCAAUUGUACAAAGCAAUCGCGAUAGGUUAUUUUCGUCACACAAAACAUCUACUUGAUCAAGAUCCACUCGCUGUUAGGGCAAUAGUUUCAUCACAUAAAGAAACUGCACUUCACAUUGCUAUUCAGCAUGGACGCAUGAAGAUUGCAAAGGAGUUAUUGCAGAGAAUGGCACCAGAAGACUUGGAAGUUGUUAAUGAAUAUGGAUCCACAGCUCUUACUCUUGCUGCAAUCAGUGGUGUAACAAAGCUGGCAAGGACUAUUGUGGAAAAAAAUAAUAGGCUGCUUGUUAUGAAAAAUGACCUUGACAAUGGGCAGCUUCCUCGUAACACCAAAGGAGCAUCUAAGUCCAGAUAG